AUGCAAGAAAAGCAGCCAGAACUGUUUCCUGACGACGAAACUAUUGACACAGAUACCAUUGACCCCGAGGAAUCAUCGCAUUCAGGCGCCAAGAAGCAGUGGAUCGAAGCCAAGUCGGGCCGUAGAGCAUGGGGAGAGUAUGAACUUUUUGAUGACUCUUUUGGUGUACAUCCCCAAAUUGUUUUGCAUGUCGAGUCGCCUAAUGCUCUUACACCUGUAGACUCGCCCGACACACCGGGAUCUGACCACAUGUCUUCAAGCACCUCUUCAUCGCCUGGUACAUUCACACGUACGCCUCGAAAGAACAGUAUGGCUUCUCGCUCUUUGCGGCACUCUAUUCAGCAGCUUGAUCUAGGGAAACCUGCACAGGAAAUACCGACGAUAGCCUCACGCGACUACAAGGGAGCUGAGGAAAUGAAUGAAGUGGCACCUGGCUUCCAUCAUCGUCGAAUUGUGAUUCCGCUAAAAGCUGAUGAGCGUUUUUUCGAUUUGCUCAUCUUGGCUAUUCGUCGACUUCUUCAGCUACAUGUUUCUCAGCAACGAACCCUCACGAUGCAUGUGGAAUCGCUUUGCUCGACCAUUGCUGAGGUGGCCAGCCCAGUCAACUCUCACAAUGACAUGUAUGUAUGGCGUGAAAUCUUCUCUUUGUGGCUCGAAUUUGAUAUAUUUGAAGGCACUAGGGAGAAAGACCGUGGUGAAAUGAGUGUCGCGGCGAGUGAGUCACGGUUGCACAAGUAUUUGGAAGCACUCGAGAAACGCGGUCUCCUUACUCCCCAUCAAUCUAUUGAGCAGCGCGGAAAGACGUUAGCCGGUACACUUGACUCUUGGGCAUUGCAAGCAUUUUCACCUACUAAUCCUUUGACUGAUCCGCGCAGCAUUGCUACGCUUGAGCAUUUCUUGCGUCUGAAUGUCGCACUUGUGACUAUUAAACGCUUUGAGCGGCUUAACAUCGAAACCAUCCGCAAAUUAUUUAAAAAACAUGCUAAGAAAACUUCUCUCCAUAUCAGAGAGAACAUUAAUCGUAUUUCUUCCUCUUCAAAGGCCCAGCAACUGCUGCGUGCUGCUUCCUUUGAUUCGCCUAUACCCGAACUCGACUGGAGCCAUGCCUCCGUGGGAGAUGUCUUGAAGUCUUUGACAGCUUUGGCUCCUUCCAAGUUCCAGGCAAGUUUCCAACUCUCACUUCCUCGAAUUGUUUCUUGCCUUUUGACGAAAGCCCUUAUGCCAGUUCUUCCUAGUGUAGAUGAUUACAGCUGCUCAGUGUGCACUUCGAUUGCUUGGCAUCCUAUCCGACUGUGUUGUGGACAUCUCUUUUGUAUCCGUUGCCUUGUUAAGCUUCAAAAGCAGGGGAUGAAUGAAUGCCCUCUUUGUCGAGCACCUAAUGCCGUACGCGAUGCUGAUGAGAACAACCUCGACUGUGAUAUGAUGAAAUAUCUUCAAGAAUGGUUCCCUCGAGAGGUGGAAGAGAAAAUCAAGGAAAACAAGUCGGACCGUUCAGUUGAGCAACGUCAUGAAAAGCAAGUUCGUCGCAAGAACCGAUGGGCUCGUUUCAGGACAAGAUAUCAUCCUGAAAAUGAACCUCAGCGAGAAUGCGUCAUUUCGUGA